UUUCUCUCCCAACAGCGGCUAAAAUCAGCUGUUUCAGACUGUUCCAUUGGAUAAUUGCACGCUUUCGACAUGCUUAUUUUCACUUCUAAACGACUUUCGACAGUGUUAGGAUAUUGAUAAAAUUUUUAAACAAUUUACACAUUUUCUUUAAGGUUCCUGUUCGGAAUGAAAUAGUUGUCUUUCCUUUAUGACUACAUUUUUAUACAAAACGUAUUGUACAACAACAAAAGUGGAACUUGGUAGAUCAUUAGUAAAAAUGGCUAAUAAAAAAUCUCCAUUAAUUUUCGAAAUAUUCGCCGAAUGCCAAACUACAAAAGCUCGAACCGGCAGGAUGAUACUUGUUCAUCAUCAUGUGGACACGCCGGUAUUUAUGCCGGUGGGAACUCAGGGAACAUUAAAAGGAUUAUUGCCUCAGCAAUUGGAACAAUUGGAUUGUCAAAUUAUUCUUGGCAAUACUUAUCACCUUGGAAAUAGACCUGGUGUGGAUACUUUACGUAAAGCUGGAGGAUUACACAAGUUCAUGAAUUGGAAAAGAGCUCUUUUAACAGAUUCAGGAGGUUUUCAAAUGGUUUCCUUAUUACAUCUAGCUGAAAUAACAGAAGAAGGUGUUAAGUUUAAAUCACCGUACAAUGAAUCUGAGUGCAUGUUGACACCUGAACAUUCUAUUGAAAUUCAAAAUGCAAUUGGCGCUGAUAUAAUUAUGCAACUUGACGAUGUUGUGAAAAGUACUUUAACCGGACCAAGAGUAGAGGAAGCUAUGCAUAGAACAACACGUUGGUUAGAUCGUUGUUUAUCAGCACAUCAAAAACCAAGUGAGCAAAGCAUAUUUCCAAUCGUACAAGGUGGUCUCAAUGCUGAACUAAGAUCCGAGAGUGCACACCAAUUGAUUAAGCGAGAAGUGAAUGGAUAUGCUAUAGGAGGCUUGAGUGGUGGCGAGAGUAAAGACGAUUUUUGGAAAAUGGUCCAUCUGUCAACAAAUAUUCUUCCAAAGAAUAAACCACGAUAUCUAAUGGGUGUUGGAUUUGCAGUGGAUCUAAUUAUAUGUAGCGCAUUAGGAAUCGAUAUGUAUGAUUGUGUAUUUCCAACGAGAACGGCUAGAUUCGGUUGUGCAUUGAUAAAAACAGGACAGCUUAAUUUGAAGCAAGCGCUAUACAAAACAGAUUUGAGACCCAUAGACGAAGCAUGCGAGUGUAGUACCUGUAAGGGCUACACGCGCGCUUAUCUAAAUCAAAUUGUUACGAUAGAAACGGUAUCAUGUCAUCUGUUAACCGUUCACAACGUUGCAUUUCAAAUGAAACUCAUGCGAGACAUCAGAGAGAGCAUAAAGGAGCAAAGAUUCCCAAGAUUCAUACAGAACUACAUGUUAACAGUUUAUCCCAAUAAGGAAUAUCCAGCAUGGAUAAUUAACGCUUUGGAAGCUGUUAAUGUUACUCUGUUAUAAAACUAGGAUUUGUACUGAAUACAUCUAUUUUAUUUUUCUGA